AUGAUCAGAUUACUCCACAGAAGAGGCCCAAGGAUAGCAAGGACUCCCCUUAGGUCCUCUACAAAUAUCUGGCUCCAGGCUGGUAAAAGAUUUCAGUCAGAUAUUCCUACGGUGGAACCUCCUCCAGAGACCAUUUCCAUUGUUCCUUCGGUGGCUGAACUUACGAAACAAGAGUAUUACAAGACUGACCUUGAAGGUUCUUUGGUUGGCCAUUUGCUUAAUAGAGGCCUUGUGGAAUCACUCACUAAUGAUGACUUGUACAAGCUUACCGAAGCCAAUGGCAGGAAAAUGAAGCUUUACUGUGGUGCUGAUCCAACCGCCGAGUCAUUGCAUUUGGGUAACUUGCUCCCUCUAAUGGUUCUUCUUCAUUUUGUUUUGAGAGGCCAUGAUGCUGUGGGCCUUGUUGGUGGUGCUACAGGUGCUGUUGGAGAUCCAAGUGGUAGACAGACUGAGAGAAUGAUGCUAGACAAGAAGGAAAGGACUACUAACGUGGAGAAGAUUCAAGAGCAGAUGCAAAACUUCUUGAAGAAUGGUGUCAAAUAUGCUCAGUCAAGACACAUAGAACCAUCUGAAGUUGGUGACAUCUCCAGUGCCAAUAACGCAUCAUGGUGGAAAUCGAUUACUUUCCUCGAUUUCUUGUCAACUUAUGGAACUCAUAUUAGAAUCUCUCAGAUGCUUUCGAGAGACUCCAUUCUGUCGCGUUUACAAUCACAGCUGGGUCUCGGCUUUAACGAAUUUGCCUACCAAGUCUUGCAAGCCUAUGAUUUCUGGCAUUUGUUCAAGAACGAAGGCGUCAACAUUCAACUUGGAGGCAAUGACCAAUGGGGUAACAUCACGGCUGGUGUUGACUUGAUCUCUAGACUCCAACGUCACUUCGGUGGUGCUGGUAAAGACGGUGCUGAACUUUCAGCUUAUGGUAUGACUGUUCCCUUGUUGACCACAUCCUCUGGUGAGAAAUUCGGCAAAUCGGCAGGAAAUGCUGUUUUUAUCAGCAGCAAAUUAACUACACCAUAUCAGUUAUACCAAUAUUUCAUCAACUCUCCUGAUGAUCUCGUGAGUAAGCUCUUGCGUGCCCUCACCUUGUUGCCAACCAAGGCUAUCGAUUCCGUGGUCUUGAAAAAGCAUCAAGAAGAUCCUGGUAACAGAAUUGCACAGCGUGUGCUUGCUAGAGAAGUUGUGGAUAUGAUUCACGGACCCGGAGUCGGUGAUGAGAUGGCUUAUAUUACUAGCUUUUUAUUCCCCACCCCUGAUCAGCCAUUUGAUGACGACAUAACGGCUGACAAGUUGAUUUCAAAGUUCAAGAAUUCGGGUAUUUUACAAAAAGUUCAACUCAGCUCUUUCCCAAAUCCGGACGACAUAAGAAUGAGCACUUUGCUCUCGAAAAUUUUCAAUAAGUCGAAGAGUGAAACCAAGAACUUGAUUAAAGGCGGUGGAAUUUACUUUGGCGUUAAUAGGGAUCAAUUUGUUGAUCCAGACGAUGUGGUACUUUUCGAUAAAGAGAACCAUUUGAUUGAUGGAAAGUUGUUCCUCAUCAGAUCAGGCAAGCAAAACUACUACGUCGUAGAAGUGACGGAAUGA